AUGACACCACAGAUGGGAACAUUCAAGGACAGUGAAGGUCAAGUUGGCAAUGGAAGCAAGGAGACCAAAAACGGAAGACGAGCGCUGCUGGUGGCCGGCGCAUGCGUAUUCCUGACUCUCCUGACGGCCGCCGUUUUAGGCUCCGUGUAUCUGGGUUAUUCACUCCAAUCCCGGGGCUCGACAGGCAAACAACAUACGUUCACGGCGGAUUUCUACCAAGACGGUUUCCACGCUGUGAAGGAAACUUUAGUCAUCACGGAACGUGAGAACGUGUAUGCCUCCAUCAACGUCAGUGUUGUCCAGGACUAUGAGACAGGGUUCGAAGUAUUCAAGAUGGACCACCUCCCAGGGUGCUACCUGACAACUUUCAACAUGAGUGAUAGAGACGACUACAACAUCAACGGACAACGACAGGUGUCAAUUGAGGUAACACAGACCUCCAAGCAGCGCUACUCAGUGACGGACAUCACCGUGAAUAGGGUGGUGCUGGGACCGCAGGCGACCGCUAUGUGCGCCGAAAGAGAUCUUUACAUGCUUAGACAACAUACAGGUUCGACGAACGCCGGUAGGCGAGUUAAGAGAGGUUCACCUAGUAGACCGUCUUUACCGCCGAUGGAGUGCUUCUAUAUUUGUAGAUUUAAUGGAAGUUGCUUUUGGGUUUGUGUUUUUAGCACACCUCCUUGAGGUAUAUAAAUAUAACCAGAGUGGUAGUAACUUUCCUUUAUAAACAUAAACAUUGUCACUACCACGUUGUUUUUGGUGCCAGACUUUUGAUUAGUAUUUUGGAUAUAGGUAAACCGUUGUUCGU